AUCAUAUCGUGUCGUUUCUCUUCACUUUUUCAGCCCAUUCUGCACUUGACGCUUUGAUCCGGUUCCUGAAACUUGAUGGGAUAUUUUCCAGCUCGCAUAUAACAAAGUUUACGAAUCUUGCAGGGCUGUGUCAAAGCCUCAAAAAAGAUCACAAUUCCUCUCUUGUUGACUGCCCCGCAGAACCCACCCCGAGAUGCACGAAAUAAUUACACUACAGUUGGGGCACCAAGCUAACUACCUUGGAACUCACUUCUGGAAUACUCAGGUACGUGGGACUGAGGGGUUAUUUGAUGAAGCUCGAGCUCUGUCCGAGGAGCACCCGUUGAUGUGUGGACACCGCAGGAGUCAUACUUCACCUAUGCCGAAGAUGCUUCACCUAGCCCCGUGGACCAUAACGUGCACUUCCGCCCGGGUGUCGGAGUCGACGGAGGUGAGACGUUUACACCUAGAACUCUCAUAUAUGAUCUCAAAGGUGGAUUUGGGUCUAUGAAGAAAAUCAAUGCCCUUUAUGAAAUGGCACAGGAUUCAGAUGCUGGGAUUCCACAAGGGCUGUGGUAUGUUAGAUGGCGGGCCGGUUUACCACGGAAAAUCUGCUCACAAAGAUCUUUCCGGGAAAGUAGGGACAAGGGAAUGACCAUUCAGCGAGAGCCUUUAGUUGAACCAAUUGAAUAUCAAAGAACCCUUGACACUGUACGUUCCGGAAGCCCCCUGCGGUGCCGUCCCAUUUUCCUCAUUUCCAAGUUAAUAGCUUGGGUGAUUGAUAUAGGGCCUUCCUCCAGCCCGCCUGGAUCCGGAAUCUGUCCGUUAUUGGAGCGAUUUUAAUAAGGUCUUUUAUCACCCGCGUUCUUCCAUCCAACUAAAUCAAUAUGACCUCAGUUCGGAAAUUAUGCCCUUCGAAAGUUUUGGUUUGGGCAGAGAUCUCUUCAAUCGAUUGAACAGAGAACACGACCUGCUCGAUAGGGACUUCAGACUCUUCGCAGAAGAGUGUGACCAAAUGCAGGGUGUGCAGGUAUUGACAUCCGCAGAAGACGCUUGGGGUGGGUUCGCAUCUGAGUAUGUCGCUGCCUUAAGAGACGAGUACUCGAAAACCGGAAUUAUGACUUGGGGACUGCAGGAUUUUGGGAGAGUCGCUAGGGUGAGUAUCCGUGAUAGGCCCCUACCUGCCUCCCCACUUGUUUUUCCAUCUUAUAUACCUUCCCGCUUUCGUGAUUUUCCCUCCGAUUUUUUUUUAACACGAGUGCGGUAGAGGCGGGGAAGGUUCGCGUUACUGAGUUGAAGCAGGAAAAGCAGAUUAACCACACGGUCAACCUCGCUUAUACCUUGUCGAGUAUAGUUCCGCUAACUUCGUUGUACAUUCCUUUGGGAUGUCCCCAAUCCGAAUUCCCGGGAUACGUCAACUUGGAUCCAACCCUGCAGUGGCAUAAGAGUGCGCUUCUUUCAGUCGCGGUAGAGACAUGCACUCUCCCCACUCGUCUUCGUAACACUUUCGGUGCCGGUCGAUUGGGGAAAUUGGAUGACUUGGCAUCGCUUCUCAACCUUAAUGGUGGUCAAAAGAUCGCGACACUUUCAAUGACUGUUCAUAACGCAAAUCCAAGUGCAUCAAGGUUGAGUAAACCGAGCGUCCCCGGCGAAGAGUUUGGGCUGUCCUGGGAUUCGGGUGGGUAUGAUGUCAAUGGGACGGCCAUGGGGGCUCGGGGUGCCCGGGGCCAAGAAAGUCACAUUUUUGCCAUUGCAGAGGUUGUGAGAGAGUCAAACGAUGAUCGAGCUAGAGAUGUAGCAGCGGAAGCAUCACGACUCCCCGAUGAUCACCACGAGGCUAUUCUUGGAAGGUGGGGGGUUCAGAUUUUUCAUUCUUUUCCACAGUUGCGGAUUUUUUUUCUGUCUUGUCUUGCGUGUUGUGGCUUUCGAGAGGAGAAGAAAGCCUUCACCUGUUUUCCGCUGCAGCGGUACGUUUGGCCGGAUUAGCUGCCCUACGGCGCCCCACGGAUUGAGUCGCGUGGCAGUCUGUUACGAUACUGGUAUCCAUCGCCAACUUGUUCGCUGCAAGCCCACUCUCGGGUUCCGGAACCGAAAUAGGCGUAGCAGGUUAAGUUAACAACAUCACGAAUACCACUUAAUGAGUUCCAGCCGGCUCCGCUUGCCCAAGCUAUCCGGUCGAAGGGGACACUGUUCCUCCUCGGGGUGCUUUGUCUCUGAUCGUGGAGACACAGGCUCCCACGGACAGUGGAUUUAACGAGUAUUUAUGGUGGUUGUGUUAUUUGAUUUGACUGCCUUGCCUCCGUUAUGACUGAUAUUUGCUAUGUGUUUGUGUUGCUGCUUGCACAGCGCACAUAUUUUGAUUGCUUGACGAAGAUGUGAGUCUGCUUAGCCAUACAGCAGCGCAGGAGAUUUAUCCUACUGCGGAUAGGCCACAGCUGAGCAGACUCGCAAGCAAUCGCUUUCAUUUCACCCUCUGCUAUCCAGUCUUAUUGCACCCCACACUUACUCAUGGCUCUCGCUGACUGCAAUGUGCCGCUUGCUAUAGAUACCUCACCUCCUUCACGUACCCUGUCAUCGAUAGCUUCCCGAACAUCUUCUCCACAGACCGCAUAAUACCCGCAGAGGGUACUACAGCCGGGGGAAACCAGAGGUUGUCUGUUAGUGCAAGGCUCACAACGUCAUCGCAAGUGAUACCGAGGCUCAAGAGCAUAAAGAAUGUUGUAUCGCGCAUGGUUGGGGUAGACGAGCGGGAAGCGAUCUCAAAUGACCUGGGCGAGUUUAUCGAAGGAUUCGAAACGAGGUGGAAUAGUGACUCUGAUGAUUAUGACGAUUGAUGGUGAGAAAUAACGAGAGGUUUUGGCGAGAAGGGGCAAAAAUACAUGUUGCUUUAUCAGGUU